UCUGCGGUAUUAUCGAGUAAGACUCAACCUUAUGGAAUUUCGCGGCAACGUGAGGCAAUCUUCUUUUCCUGGUAGCGAGCUGUUGCUCGCGCGAACUGUACGGCUGAUAAUGCGUCGAUUGAGAUAGCGACGACUAUAGUUACAGAUAAAGAACAACUUUACCAGCGCGAUAAGUGUUUUUAAAAAAGAUGCCAUUUUGCGGUAUUGUAUCGGACAGGUGACGCAAGCAGUUUGGAUAGGGAGGAAAGCUUUCGGAAACGAGAAUCGCUAAGGUGGAAAGAAGUGGAAAAAUUCCCCUCGAGUGGUCUUUCGAGUUGUUCCCGUCACUUCCUGUGUCUUAACUAACGUGGUAGCACGCCAAUAAUGAAUUUCUUGGUGAAAGGUCGAUUGUUGGCCGAAUUGUCAACUCAGUCCAGGAUUUCCACCGAGUUUCUUCGACGAGAUAAUUAUCUGAGAGCAAUGACUUCGCUAAAAGACAAACUUUUAUGCACGGUGGUAGAGCCGAUCUCCACCGGCAGAAACAAGGUCUCCAUAGUCGGCGUCGGUCAAGUCGGAAUGGCUUGCGCCAUCAGCAUCCUGACAAGCCACGUUUCCAACGAAGUGGUGCUCGUGGACGUGAUGGCUGACAAGCUGAAAGGGGAGAUGAUGGACCUGCAGCACGGCAGCUCCUUCUUGAAGAACGCAAAAAUUAACGCCAGUACGGAUUACGCGGCCACGGCUAACUCGAGCCUCUGCAUCGUGACGGCUGGUGCUCGUCAAAGAGAAGGAGAGUCGAGGCUGGACCUGGUUCAACGGAAUACAGACAUCUUCAGAGGCAUCAUUCCCCAGCUAGUCAAAUAUAGCCCGAACACGAUCCUACUGAUCGUGUCCAACCCGGUGGACAUCUUGACCUACGUGGCUUGGAAACACUCCGGUCUACCUAAGAACCGCGUUAUCGGAAGCGGUACCAAUUUGGACUCGGCACGAUUCCGAUUUCUGUUGUCCCAGAAACUCAACGUCGCGCCCACUUCCUGUCACGGUUGGAUUAUUGGAGAACACGGCGAUACGAGCGUGCCGGUAUGGUCGGGAGUGAACGUCGCAGGUGUAAGAUUGCGCGAUCUGAACGAGCACGUCGGUACCGACAAGGACGAGGAGCAGUGGGGCUGUGUCCACAAGCAGGUGGUCGAAAGCGCCUACGAGGUGAUCAAACUGAAAGGCUACACGUCGUGGGCGAUCGGUCUGAGCGUAUCGCACCUCGCCUCGGCGAUAUUGCGAAAUUCUAAUCAAGUUCACGCUGUGUCUACCUUGGUUACCGGUUUCCACGGGAUCGAGGAGGAUGUGUUCCUAUCGCUACCGUGCACUUUGGGCGAAGGAGGUGUAACGUGUAUUGUAAAACAGAAGCUAACGGAACAGGAAGUCGCUUGUCUGCAAGAAUCGGCUGCAAAGAUGUACGAAGUUCAGAAGGACUUGAAGUUUUAGAAGUUUCGUUGGAAUUUUGGGUGCCGAAAUAAUCAUUUCGUGACGAUAAAUUGAAUUUCACGCCCGUUUCGUUAUUUGAUUCUUCUUUAUAUGCACAAAAAACGGGCAUCCUUCGUUACUACUUACUUUUCGUUACUUAUUCUUUUUUAUACGUAUACAUAUAUAUGUACAUGUCAUAUUUGAAACGUAUUUAAAUCGCCAAACGUGUUUCGCGCUCGAUUACGCACGAUACUUUUGGUGCAGUGUAUGUGUGUGUGUUACUACGAAGUAUUAUCUUGUGUGCGUUGUUGUUAAAGCUUUACAUUUGUAAAGAUUUGUAAUGUUUACCAGUGAUUUUACGUGACAGUAUUCUAAUACGAUGAAUGUGAACGUUUGUUAUUUAAAUACGGAAUAAGAUACUUAACUACUAAAUCGACGUACAAAAGACACCAAACACGAGCAAUCGUAAGUCAGUCAACGGCAAAUACUUCAAGUUAUUCUCCUAUAUUUACAUGGUGCUCUGUGUAAAAGUAUAAUACAAAUUUAGCAAAUUUUGAAUAACGUACCUCAUAGUAUUAACAUUGAUUGACUAGGCGUUUUCGUACAAUCUUGAUACCAUGAACCUCGUCUGAACGUUUCCUGUUGAUGAACAUACGUCCGUUUCUUGUAUGUUUAUAAGAAUAUUUUAAUAAAUUAACGUUAUGAGUA